AGACCUUUUUUUUAUAGCAACAAAAAGUGACGGUUGGAUUAAUUACUUUAAAUACCGCGGCGUACACGAGUUUUUGGUACUCUGAAAUUAAGUAAAAAUACGUUACGUAGUUUCAUAAAAUGUUGGGCGACGACGAUUGGCUUGGAAAGUUUAUCGAGGAUUACAAGGUGAAAUUAGCCGAAGAAAAACGUGAACUUUACUCGACUCAUGUCAAUACGACAGAUGACAGACAACAGGAGCAGCAUGAUUCUUCUUCUCCGUUAGCUGCAUCCAAGGAAAAAUCAAAAAUAACAGUUCCAUCAAAAUCUGGGCAAUUUGAUCAAGAGAAAAUAAGUUUCUCUGAACAACCUGCAGACGGAGUGAGAAAUUCAGACCAUAGCGACGCAGUCGAGCGCAAAAAGAAACAAGAAGAAUACCACCGCAUUCUCGAUCAACAGCUCGCUGAACAUAAACAAAGAAAAGAGGAAGAAUUGCAGAGACGGAGACGAGAAGAGACUGAUGACUUUGGAAUGACUUCUAAUCUCAAUACUGAUCACCGUUCAUUUGCGAUUCGAUCUCCAUCGCCACCGAUCAAAUCUCAUUAUCGGAAGCCGGUGCAAGUUCGAGUGCCCUCCCGACCGUUGGCAGCAGAAGGUGACAACCAUCAACGAUUGAGCGAUUUGACUGAGCUUCGGCAGCUGUACAGCAAUCGAUGAAGAUAGGUUUUUCAGUAGUCAUCAACAAACAGUAUUGCAAAUCAGGCAAUGGCUAAUUGGCUGCGAGUUGUGCGUUGCGUGGCACGCACCGAAAGAACAAAUACUUCCGCCGGGAUUGAAAACCCGUUUCCCACCCAUCCGUCAAUAAUUAUAAAUUGGUUUUUCCGCCCUAUUUUCUGGCCGCUGGGAUGUUCUUUUACCCUCCUCCCACCCUUUCGGAAAAUAAAAGAAUUUCAGGCAGAAA